AUGCCCCUUAAACAGAGCCCGGACGCCAUCGGGAUGAGGCUGCUUCAGCACCCCGCUCUCUGCGACCGCGCGCCUGCAGGCGGGGAGCCGAGGCCCCGGGAGGGCAUCGCGGGGGUUCUCCCCGCCUCGGGGCGCAGCUGCGGCUCAGCCGGACCGGGCUGUGCCCAGGGCUCCCGCAACCCGGGCUCCGCCGCGCGGCGCUUGUCGCUGGAGGGUCCUCGGUACCCACCGGACCGCUCGUGCCCAGCACCCCUGAAACCCACGUGGAGACCUGACAUGUUUCUGCAAGCGAUUCACGAACGGUCGGGAAGCGUGGAGGACGACGAACACGACGACGCGCCAUCGAACCAAAAGUGGGUCCUGGCUCCGAAAUCGCAAGACACCGACGUGACUGUCAUCCUCAACAAGCUGCUGAGAGAAUAUGACAAAAAGCUGAGGCCGGACAUUGGCAUGAAGCCGACCGUGAUCGACGUGGACAUCUACGUCAACAGCAUCGGCCCCGUGUCCUCCAUCAACAUGGAAUACCAGAUCGACGUGUUUUUCGCCCAGACCUGGACGGACAGCCGCCUGCGCUUCAACAGCACGAUGAAGCUGCUCACUCUCAACAGCAACAUGGUGGGCUUGAUCUGGGUCCCGGACACCAUCUUCCGCAACUCCAAGACCGCGGAGGCCCACUGGGUCACCACCCCCAACCAGCUCCUCAGGAUCUGGGGCGACGGCAAGAUCCUCUACACCCUACGGCUCACCAUCAACGCCGAGUGCCAGCUGCAGCUACACAACUUCCCCAUGGACGAGCACUCCUGCCCGCUGACCUUCUCCAGCUAUGGCUACCCCAGGGAAGAGAUGGUUUACCGAUGGAGGAAAAGCUCGGUGGAGGCGGCGGACCAGAAGUCCUGGCGGCUCUACCAGUUUGACUUCAUGGGCCUCCGAAACACCAGCGAAAUCGUGACGACGUCGGCAGGUGACUACGUCGUCAUGACGAUAUAUUUCGAGCUGAGUCGGAGGAUGGGCUACUUCACCAUUCAGACUUACAUCCCGUGCAUUCUGACCGUGGUUCUAUCCUGGGUGUCAUUUUGGAUCAAAAAAGACGCUACGCCAGCACGAACCGCGUUAGGCAUCACCACGGUGCUGACCAUGACCACGCUCAGCACCAUCGCCAGGACCUCCUUGCCCCGCGUGUCCUACGUGACAGCCAUGGACCUCUUCGUGACCGUGUGCUUCCUGUUCGUCUUCGCCGCCCUGAUGGAGUACGCCGCCCUCAACUACUACUCCAGCUGCAGGAGGCCCGCGGCCGCCAAGCAGCCGCCGCCGGUGAGUGCGGGAGGGCGGCGGAGGGACAGCCCGGGCCCCCCGCCGGUGACGGAGAUGGGUGUCCCCGUGCGUCGAGGCCGCUCUGCGCCCGAGCGACCCGCGUCGCUGCAGCCGGACCCCUCGCAGUGGCUCCACGGGCGGGUGGCCCUGCCGGCCCCCUCGGUACGUAUCGCGCUGUGGGGGCAUUUCCGCAGACUGUCGCCAAACCGCGGGCGAAAGGACGUCACUGCCGACGCGUACGCUCCCUCCAAUGCGCCCCCUCGUUUUUUAACAUCCGGCUUAGACAAUCGGGAGCGUAAAGGAGAAAAAUUAAUCGCCCUCCUGUCGCCCGGGACUAGUGUGUAG